AGUGUAAUAUUGUUUAUUUUAAUUUUCAGCGUAUUUUCGGGGCUCUCACUGAUGAUGAAUUUCCUCCGCAUUACCUCUACUUACGUUUAACUUGUUUUCUAAACCAUUAUUUUGACGUUAAAGUCGUAAUUUAUCCCUUCAAAAUGUGAGGAGUUUGAAGAUGCCAGAUAGAAGACUUCCAGGGGAAAUACGAGGGGGUGUUGCUGUGGCUUUCCAACAAUGUGUUUAAAAUGAAACAGCAUGCAGGGAACAGUAAACCACCUCCAGCCCGAAGUGCAAGUUAUGCUCGAGCCCAUACUGAGCAUUUGGCACACCAUAAUCUUCUCUCCAUGGAUUUAUGUGACAGUGGUUUUAUGGUGACCUCUGAGAAUUGUGGUGAUAUUUCACCAUCCCAUGGAGACAAAAUUUCUGGGAAAGUGUCUUCAAAAGACAUAAAUGAAUGUAUUUCAGGAUGGCUCUCAUAUCUUCAGAAUUUGAAUGCCCUAUGUGGAUCUGGCUCUCGCUUGUCACACAGCCUGGGCUCCCUCCUUCCCCCAGAGCAUCAGUCUGCCUGUGGAGGGAGAGCUGUACAAUGCCAAGCUGCUUGGGAUGACCUAUCUAAAGUGGUAGCAGCUACAAGUAGCAGUAUUCGCUCUCAGGUAGUGCAGGCACUACAGGAGCUGAAUGGUCAAAGUCCGGGAGCUGCAUCCAACCAAGAGGCUGGACAGGUGCUGGCACCUGCCCAACAAGCAGUAGUAUGUCACAGCUUAAUGACAAUGAUAAGUCUCCAAUAUCAAUUUUGCAUGGCCUGCUGUGAAUGUUUGGGAAUGAUGGCACCCUGUCACUGUUGUGUGGGCGGAGAUUCAAACCAGCAAAAAGCUCAUGACUCUGAUUGUAUUGUGACUACUCUUCAACAUUAUUUCAAUCGAUUGUAUGUGCCAUCAACUCCAACAUCUAGGAGUCCUCUACUUUUUCCUCUCUGGCCUCUCCAGAGUCCUCAAAGACGUUGGUCAGAAGCAGCAGCUCGUGAAGUAUCAGGGUCUGGAAUCGGUGAUACACUUACAGCUGAGGAUGGAGGGAUGCGACGUUGGUCAAUGCCAUGGGAUUCUAGUGGUCAGAAUGAGCAGCAUGGUCAGUGGACUGGUCGGUUGUAUCAAAAGGACAAAUUGACUGUCCCGGGAGGUAUUGCAUCACAAGAAAGAAGCAGAUCAACAACUCCAGAAUCUUUGUGGCAAACGUCUAUGGCUAGUCAAGAAGAACUUUCAGAUGUGAUUUCUCUUUUAUCAUGCAAACCUAAUCAACCACUACAAUUGCACCAGCCUAGCCACCAUAUUCCAGGUGUAACUUUGACAGGCUGCAGUCAAAACAGCCCAUCUCCAAGUCACCAACCAACUUGGGUGAGCCCGGCUGGGGGAAGUCCAAAUGAAGAUCGAAUGAGUUUACGCCAUGGAAGUGGUUCUCCAGCUGGUCUGGGAACAAGUCCAGGAAGAUUAUCCCCACACCAACAUCAAAGUGGGCAACAAAAUACUUCCCAUCAGCAGCCAACACACCAGUCCCAUAUUGCAAUGGGGUGGACUGAGUCCAGCUCUGUUGGCUCUCAACAUCACCCACCAGACAUUGCUCGUAAAGGCAGCUCUUCUGACUCCUCAUCUUUGUCUUCAUCUCUCUCAUUGCAUAGAAGCUCAACUUCCAGCUCAGAUACUGGAAUGGAAAAUCGAUCACAUUUAUAUUCAAUGUGGAGUGGUGCAGACCUACCAUUCAUAAAACUUCCUGAAAACAGCGAGCUUCGUGAAUAUCCUAUAAGUCCUCGUGGGAGUCCCAACAGUCAACGUUAUCCACAGUGAAUUAUCAUUGUUAUGUUUUCGUAUUCGUUGGGCAGGUCCCACGUUGAGAUCAUUGAGAAUGGGCAGGUCCCAUGUGUAAUAACAUACAGGCUUUGCUUUUCUAUUCUAUUUGAAAUAAGUCUGUAUGUUUUAGAGGGUUUGCCUCUAGUGAUUUUCUUUCCUACAAUUUUUUACAUUUACUUUUUUUUCUAAAUUUUUAAGAAGUAACAAGUUGUUUUUGGUUUUGGUCUUGCUACAAAACACUUAUUAUGUUCAUUGGUAUGUACUUGGUGAGGAAGAAUAAGUGGGGUAUGUCCAAAUGUCAUGUCAUGUGUUUCCUGUGGUUGCAGCAGAUAUUAAGAUUAUGAAGAUUUAAUUUAAGUAAAGGGAUAAUCCAUCCAUUGCCAUUCAUUUGUGUUUUUUUUUUUAUUUUCAUUAUCUUAAUUAUCAAUCAAAAGAAGAAGAUGGAAAACUUUUGACUUAGUGUGGGCUGGUCCCACAACCCUCAGGUAUGCAAUAAUCUUUUGUACUUAGCUUUUAUCUAUGAACAGAAUACGUGAGUAUACAGUAUUUGCAGUUGUAUGUGUUUUGAAUAAGUAUAAAAAACUAUAUAAAUAUACAUUAAGUACAAAUGUAAUCAGGUUUCUUUUAACCCACAUUGCUGCUUAAGUGAAUGUGCUCUGAUCCACUUAUGACAACUGUAAGUUUUGACGGCUUGUCCUUAAGUCUGUGAGAGACUUGCCUCUUGCUAAAGUGUCUAUAAUCUCCCUCUCCCUGUCCCAACUUCGCUCACAGCGCUCAAAGGGCACAUUCUCCUGAAGUUAAAUUGAUAUUGGAAAGAUUCUUUACAACAAUACUGUACUGUCUGAGCUGCAAUAACUGGUAGAUCUCACCAAGGAACCAUUCUUGGUACCAGUUGGUUGUUGCUGUAAUUUAAAUUUCUUUUUAAUUAUCUUAUUAUAAAGUUUGUGCCAUGUUGACAACUAUUUCACCCUUAAUUGCUUUAAAGUACUGGUAAUUACCUUUAAAGUAUGAAAUAUAAUACUCACUAAACUUGAAUACUCAAAAAUGGGGGAAUGUUGUUUGAUUCUUAAGGUUUAGUCUUCUUGUGUUACACUCGGUGGGUGAUUUGCACAAUCCUUUUCUUCUAGUUAUACUGAACCAGAUUCAGGUGUACGGACAGGUGACAUAGGUGACAUAUUCACACUGAGUCAUAAGUCGCCACAGUAUGGGCAAUAAUAGGCAAGCCCUCUCGCACACCUGAAUCCCACAUAGUUUAACUGGGGAAAAAAAGACGGCGCGAAUCAACCACCCUGUAUGUUGUACAAGUUUUCUUAUCUAAAAAAGUCCUGAAAUAUGGAUUAAAUUUAUCAGGAUGGUAAUAGAAAAAAUUGAGCGGAACAAUAAGUUUUUAGGUUUGGCUUGUUUUAUAUCCUUCUUUUUUGACUAAAAAGAACAAAAUACUGAAAGCCUAAUGCUUCUUGUAUCUGCAUGAAAUGUCUAAUUUUUUUUCUCCUAUUUUGAGGGAGCGUCCUUUGUACUUUAAUUCUUGAUUAAUCUUUUUGUUUCUCUGGAUUUUAGGUAGAGCAUUGACAUAAAGCUGUUAUAGUCUCCUGUUUCAGCUUAAAAUUCGCAACAAAUUAAUAGAUCAUAUGAAAAAGUAGAUCAAAAGGAAAGCCCAAUUUCACUUGAGGGGUUGCCUUUGUUCGUGAUUAUAAUUUUAUUUCUCCCUCUAAAAUAUCCUUAUAAUAAUAAACCUAUAAUUAGUAAAUGGUUUCUUAAGGGUAACUGAGAUCUUCCCCCUACAACUUACUAUUUAUAAGCUCUGAUACAUGCCUGGAAACAUUGACUGCAAUUACUCUAGUCCUUUAUAAAUCAUGCGCACAUUUGGUUCAAUCCUAGUAUUACAUUUUUUAUACUUAUUCUUCCUAGUUGUUUGUAUUGUGUUCCUACAUUCAGUAUGUGUUUGCUUUAAGAACUCACCUUUUCUUUUGUGAUGUUACUGUAGUUUGUCUACUAGUUUUACUUCAUUCAAAGAUUUUAUCUGGAUUUGAAUUUAUUCUGUUUUCAUGCCGGUCAGUCGCACCGAAACCAUGUGUUAUGUAUGUAACUAUGCUCAUCAUAUGAUUAUCAAUCGAAAAAAACAAAAGCAAAAAAAAAAAAAAAGUUACUUUUUUUUCUUUACUUGAGCAUUUUAAGAGCCAUCUUUUAUUGAUACAAUUCUUAUUUAAAAGUUAGCACAAAAUCAAAAUGAUUUCUACUUUGGCUGUGACCCCAGGAUUCAUUUAUUGCUUUCGGCCAUCCAGGUUCUCCUCAAAUCAUUAAUGAAUCUACAGUCAGAUAUUUAAGGCAGCUGUAUUAUCUAGUCUGAGAUUUUAGGCCUUAGCCUAUUACAUGUAAUUGUGCUGUAAAACAACAAACUAAAAAGAAAACUUUGAAAGGUGAAUGAGCAAUACGUGAAGUUCAUUAAUUGGAAGACGGAAUCACCCUUGCAAUCAAGGUGUUGUCAGAAACACCAUUUGACUGCCCAUAUACUUGCCUAGUUAUGAUAAUACUAUACUUUAAUGUGGAGUCCCUCCUCAAAAUUGAGAUCACGUGACGCAAUAUGGGGCUUAUGACUAGAUCAAACCAAUUUUGAGGGGAGAUUAAUUUUUACUUUAUUGAAUUCUAAUUCACAAGAGACUUCAAUGUUUAUGUGCAGUCAUUAUUUUUUUUAUUUUUUUUAUAUAUUGGCUUAAAACAUAUUUGCGGACACUUGCUGCUCAGUUCACACCAUUGAAGCUUUAACAUGUUUGAUCCAGUAAAAUGUUUUGUUCAUUUACAUUAUUCAUUAUUAUGAAUCAGCUUAAGUUUGUCUGUUGAAAUACUGCAAUACAAAUACUAUUGUCACUUUGUAGAAAUAUUAUACAAAAUACAGGAUUUUCAGAGAAUCAUAA